AUGCAAAAUCAAUAUGAUUGGCUUAUAGAAGAAGGAAAGAGUGAAUGUUUUGAUGAAAGACGUAUCAAUCUCUUGAAAGCUCAAGUCAUGCAGCUACAAAGACAGGUAGUACUGCUUACAGAAGGAUUAAGUUCUCGGGCUGCCCUUCUGCUAGAAUUGAAUGAAGCUUUGAACCCCCUCUCUGAAAAACUCAGAUCUUUUCUUGAUUGGAAUAGCCCUGCUUGUGAAGUUCCAGUUGCACGGUCUGAACUGAAGCAGAUGAUUAAAAUGUGCCAGGGACUCCAAAGUAAACUGCAAAAAAACUAUCAAACAACUGGCAUUGAGGAGCUUGCACUGCCCUGGUUGAUGUCAAGAAAGAACUGUACUAAACCAACAGUCACACUUCUUGAUCUUUGUUAUGGGAAAAUGGACAAUUUAAAUUUACAAUAUGUGAGUGCCCUUGAAACAAAACUUAGCCAGUUGUAUAGACACCUGCAUGGUAUGAGGCAAACACUGAACUUCAUUCUAGCCCCAGGACAGGGCUCCCACAAGCAAUCUCUGCAAAUUCUCCCCACUGCUGUGUAUUCUAGGCUGAUAAAUCAGAUGAAGAGAUGUAAUCACUCUUUGGAGGAAUGCUGUAGUGACUUGCUUAUUUUGACUCUUGUUGUACCUUCAGCACCCUGGGCCAAAAUACAAAGUUCCUCGAUCCCAGAAUUUACUGUAGAUAGUGUUCUAGCUAUACUACCAACAUUCCCCAAAGGAGCUACCCAAGAAAAAGCCAAAAAGGCAGUAGGAGCAUUGUUGAAGGCUACUAAUUAUUCCAAGCUAAUGACUACACAACAGAUAAAUGCUCUACAAGCAGAAGUUAAUUUCCAUCGAAGUAUCUAUGACCUCCAAAUUAAGUACACCAAAGAUGUUUUUGAUGCUAUAAAGCAAGUCUACCACUCAUUCCUGGCAAAUAUUGAUGGUAUUCUAUGUUCCCCACUAAAAGAUGUUCUUUCCUCUUAUAUAAACCUUACAUUGGAACCAUCAGAUACUGCUUUCAAACACUUUCUCUAUGUUUUAAAAAACAAUGCUGGACAGAUUCAAGAGGCAGUUGACACUUUGACUCCAUCAGAGAAUCUACAGCAUGAAGGUGAAGAGGCCUUGUCGAAAUUUGGAAGAGAACUUUUCCUUUCUUUAGAACAGGCCCUCAGAGACUGUGCAGAGCAACGAGAUAAAGCAGCGAGAGAGACGGAGUUCUUAAGAAUUGAGCUGGAGCAAGCAAUCACAGAACUUCACCUUUUAAAAAAGGAACGUAAGGAAAAAGGAACCGAGUCCUCUUUGAGGUUUUCAAAGUGGAAAGGGGAAGGUGGAGUAGUAUUGGGCACAGAAGACCCGCCAACUCAAUUUGGUUCUCAGAAACAGAGACUGGUAGUUAAUUCCAUUUUUUCAAAUAAAGUAGAAAAUUCUCGAGCCUCCUCCUUGCAGCCUCAGGAAGAAACUUCCGAGAAGGCCCCCAUGCACCACCGAGGGAAGAACUUCAGAAUUAAGAGCAUAAAACCCACAAGACUGUCUUUACAAGAUUAAUCUGGGAUCCCAGCCACUUAGAAGUAUGACUUUGGAUAUUUGUUCUAGGUGCUGGUAAACUUCACAUGCCAAAAUAGAUUACAAAUCUAAAAAGUAAAUUUGAUUGGUAAGAUUUUCUGUAGAUAAAUCCUAUAGAAAUGAAAUGGGAAUGGUUUAAAAUGAUGAUUAUUCAUUUUCAUUUAAUUUUUCAUUUUUGAAAUUUCAACAUGUGAUUGUAUAUGUCACUAUGUGAAUCUCGUUCUGGAACAGAGAUACAAUUCUUCACUGUUUCCUUGACUAGCUUCAUGAACUGAGGUUUUAAAAAUUUCAGCCAUUUGUAUCUUAAUUUAAUGACUGAUAAAAAAGAAUCAUCUUCAGCUUUUAAUGCUGCUGUAAAUAAUAAAAUAUUACUAUAUCUUCCUUGAAAGUAAUAACACAAAUGAAUAAAAAUGUUUACAUGGAACAAAUGCUCUUGUUAAGUAUGUGAUUAAAGAAAAUUUAUCAAAGAAGCUUAUUAUAUGUAGCUAAUUUGUUUUUCAAUUAGAUAUUUUCAUUUCCAAAAUUUCUUUGGAUAUUAAGGAUGUUCAAAUUUUAAAGUUGAUGUUUUGUUGAUAAAUAAAGUUGAAAUUUCAGGGCA